UAGUAAAAAACAAACCUUAAGAAAAUGCCCCCUUUCCUGAUGAAAGAGUGAGUAGCACCCAACUUCCAUUUCCAAUCAGAAUGCAGAGCGCAACACGCGCCGAGGCGGAGCGUCUCCUGGGGAUCGCGGAGAAGCUCCUCCAGAACCGCGAUCUGGUGGGGUCUCGAGAGUUCGCCUUCCUCGCCCAGGAAACCGAGCCUCUCCUCGAAGGCUCCGACCAGAUCCUGGCCAUAGUUGACGUCCUCCUCGCCGCCGACAAGCGCGUCAACAACCACCCCGACUGGUACGCCGUCCUCCAGGUGGACCGCCGCUCCGACGACCUGGACCUGAUCAAGAAACAGUACCGCCGCCUUGCCCUCCUCCUCCACCCCGACAAGUCCCGCUUCCACUUCGCCGACCACGCCUUCCAGCUCGUCGCCGAUGCGUGGGCCCUACUCUCCGACCCUAUUAAGAAAUCUGUUUAUGACAAGGAGCUCUCUUUCUUCUCCCGCGUCGAUUUGUCCGUCCCUGGAUGGGUCCAGCAGCAGGAGAAGCUCCCCGUCCGGAGGACUGGGCCUGGGCCCGGUCCCGGUCCCGGGCCCACUGCGGGCCGCAAUAGCGCUGCUUCGGCCCGCGAGGACAUCCACGCGGACGAGAAUUCGAGGAGGAGGAGGAGCUCUACUUUCUGGACCGCGUGUCCUUACUGUUACCGUUUGUAUGAGUACCCUAGGGUUUAUGAGGGUUGUUGCUUGCGGUGCCAGAAUUGUGAUAGAUCCUUUCACGGCGUAACGGUUCCGUCGCUGCCGCCGCUUGUUCCCGGUCAGGAUGCUUAUUAUUGCUGCUGGGGGUUCUUCCCCAUGGGGUUUGUUGUUGGCAGCUUCGGUUCUCCUCCGCAGCCGGAGGAAGAAGCUGCUCCUUCGGCGGCGGAGGCGCCACCGUCACCGCCUCCUCCGCCACAGCAACCGGCUUCUUCGCUGCCUAAUUGGAUGCCGGUGGCGGCGGAGAAUGGCGUGGGGAGUGUGACACCGGUGGCGGCGGCCACCAGGUUGACGAGGUCGGGGGCGGCGGUGCCGAACGGGGUAGGAUCGGGGAAUGGGACGGGGAAGAAGAAACGGGGGCGGCCGAGGAAGUAUCCAUUGCCGUCGUGAGAAGGAGGGGGUGUUUUGGAUUGUUGUUGUAGGUACUGUUGUGUUGUUUAAUUGUUGUUUUUGUAGAUAUGAUUAACUGGUUAUUUUGUAUGAUCUGUCUCUUGAAUGUGGGUAUCUUUUUGGCUCUGGUUUUUUUGCUAUGGGUUUUUGAUUUUAUGCCUUGUUGAUGAGUAGGGGAAGAGAAACAAUGUGGCCGGUUAUCUAUAGUUGAAAUUAUUAGAUUCACAGGGCCUUAAUGCCCUUAACUUUAUUUUAUGUGGUUUUCACAAAAAUAAAAAAUAAAAACUCUGGCUUCUCCUACAUACCGGAGAGUUAACACCUGUACUGUCAUCAACAUGGUUUUGAAUUGUGGUUGUGGAUUGCAUUGUGAUCCCUGUAAAUGAGACUGAUGGGAUCAUAAUUGUGGUUAUAUUGUACACUGGAAGAAAUGGAGAGGAUCUUGACCCCCUUGUUAAAACCUUGGUUGGACAUCAUGGAUUUGGUACUGCCAUUUUAUUUUCCUUAAUCUAGUCAUGAAAUUGUAAGUUAUGUUUGAAUUACCGUUUCUUUAUCA